ACUGGUCUUUACAAAUGCCGUUAUCUAGCGAAAAAAAUCGUUGACUGUUUAAAAAAAAUUAUUAUUUGAAUUAAGUAAAGCCCCAAUAAAUAGGUAAAUAAAUUGAUUUUUAAAAGUAAUAAUAAAAAUUUAAUUAAAUACGCUAGAGACCAAUUUCAUUUGUAUUCAGAAUUCAUUUGUAUUAAAUUUAUAAUAAUAAUUAAAAGUGUGAUAGAGUAGCAGUAGAGUGUAGAGUUUCACACUACUAAUCUGAAUCACUAUGACUAUACUAAACUAUAAUAGUAAUAGUAUACUAUACUUAUAUUACACUAGCUAUUAUAAACACUGUCUAAGACUUUUUAAGAGUAAUAAAUUUAACAUUAAUUUUAAUUAUUACCGUAAUUACUAAUUUAGAAUAAAUUUAUUAGGUAACCUUCUUUGACAGAAAGUUUGGUAAAUUUAAAAACUUUUUUGUUUAAAUAUUUAAAUACCUGUAGAUUUAAGAAAACAGAGCACAGUGAGCAUGCUAAACUUGACUACAGAUAAAGUAACAUGGAUACCACAAUACCAGUGCUAAUACUAGUAUAUAAAUAUCCAAUCAAUCAAUAAAUUUACGCUAUCCACGUCAUGACAUUUUACACGGCCGCCACUUUUGUUGCCUCGAGGGUACCAGUUCAUGGCAACGAAGGUGGCAGUGGUGGGAAAAAAAACACACUUAAGCCUAAGCUAAAAUGAGGGAGGGGAAAGGGAGAGAAUGUGGUGGUUUAGCUAUUACUUAUACCGAAAGAAACGAAAAUAGGACAAAAAUGAUUAAAUUUAAUGUAAAAAAUCCGCCUGUAGGCUGUAGGUCUACAUAUAUAUUUCGUGGUGAAUGUAGCUAUUUUUUAAAAUUGUAUCCCUCUAGAUAUUUGGUUCAUGCCUCCUAUCCAACCUAAGUCUGCUCAACAGGGACAGUCUUUGUCUGCAUCAAAGCAUAAACAUGUAUUUUUUGGUACCAUUGACAUAGACCAGUGAUUUGCCUGUGCCCACAACAUAUGUUGCUAUUGAAACUUUGCAGACAUUAUUUACCCUACAGGGCUGCAGUGUGCUUCUUGCUGUUCUCGUCUCUUCACCUUCAACAGGAUGAGAAAAAGCUGUGGACUUGCAAUAUAUUUGCAGGUACUUUGUGCAACCUGCAAAGAGGUUAAGGCUGAGGUAUUUCCUUCUACAAAAUCUGACGGGGUCUACACUCUACACAGACAGGCCUUGGCUGCAUCAGUAGCAACUGGAAUGGGCUACGCUGGUCUGAAAAAAUUUUCUGAACUAAUAAAUGUGCCAGUCAUGCGUCAGAAAACCUGCAUUCAGCACACUAAGGUGAUUUCUGAACAGACAUUUCAGCUAAGCUACUGGCUAAAAGUGCUCAGAUUGUACAAAAGGCCUACAUAGAGCAGAGGAUAACCUAAACAGAAAAAUUGAUAUUGAUGUAUAUAGGAAGUCAAAAAAGGGUGUAGGCUUCAUCUUUGAAAAUAGAACUAGAAUUGUGGUGGACUUUAAUGUCAUGUCUAAAUAUUGCCAUCCCUGCAGCGAUAUGAGAGGCAGAUUGUUAAAAAUAAAUCAAGCCAAGUUUGGUACUUGGAACCAGGAGCACAAGUCAUCUUGCGACACCAAUCAUUAUGGCACAAGUUGGAGCAUGGGGCAGCAGGCUGCCAGGAAAAUGUGGGCUUGUUCAUUGGAGAGGCAAGGCUACAGGUUUAGGAGUGUUGUUUCUGAUGGUGAUACAAACGCUAUGUCGACCAUAUUGCCAAAAGAUUGGGCACAGCUUUGAGGCGUGUAGUGGAGGUAAAAAAAUAAUUUUUUUUAAAAGCAAAAAAUCACUCUUUGCGAUGGGAAAGGGAAGCAUACUCAAUCUAAGAUUGUUAAGCUUCAGAAGUAUUUCACCAAAGCCCUACGCUCCAAAUUCACUGUUCUCAUAUGCGAAAAGCAAUAUGGGCCACAAAUAAUCACUGCAUUUCCACAGAUGAGAAACCCAUUCACAGUAACUGUCCUACUGGUGCAGCUUCAUGGUGCUUCUAUCAGAGAGCUGCAUCAAAAGGUCUCUCACUCGGGAUGCAUGAGAAGAUGUUUUCAACUUAUCUAUGCCCUUUAGUAGCACAGCACCUCAAACAAGUGUUUGAAAGGAUGACGCAGGAUGACUUGUUAUAGCGAUUCUUUGAGGGCCAGACACAAUGUAAAUAAGUUAAUAAAUAAUACAUUGUUAUUUGGAGUUGUUGCCCUAAGCACCUUUUUAUUGGAAGGCAGCAGCUGGAAAUUUCAGUUGCAUUGGUGUUAGAGAAUUCAACAUGGGAGCAAAGGCCUCACAAGAUUUUUUAACCCUUGUAAAUCUAAAGGCAGGUAUUCAAACACAUCUACUUAGAAAAAAUAGGGACCGCAUCUGUCAAGCCCAGAAGUCCUUAGAAAAUAAUGAAGAAUUUAGAAGGAGGGUUAGAAAAAAAAAGAAAUUGUGGGAUUUUAGAUAUAGGAAUGGGGGACAGGGGCGCAAUAUAUACCAGGAGAGGCUGAUUUUUUAUGUUGUAUACUUCUGAAUUUUAAAACUAAAUCUUCCAAUUUUGAUUGAUUAUGUAGUGUGCUAUUUUGAAUUUAAGUCAUAAUAAUAAUGUUGAAAUUUAUAAGUUUAGUAUGCAAAGUAAGAUCAUGAUUUUUUAAUGAUUUAAUUUUUUUGGUUGCAUAUUUGUCCCUGAGAAUCCAUAGUUUUACAUGAAUUUUUUGCUUAUUAAUUUGCCAAUUUAUUUUUAUGUUGAAGAAGAUGAAGUUUAUUUGAUUAUAUUAUGCUCAAGUUUUUAAUUUUUUCAAAUAAGAGUUUAAUUUCUAUUUUCCUCUAAAUAUAUUUUUUUACAGGAUACAAAGGUUUUCAUUAAUUUUUCUCAAAAUCUAUCUGUUCAAUUGUGUUAAAAUUGUGUAUACUUGUUUAAAUACGGUUUAAGAAUGAUCAGGAAAUUAUUUUUAUUUUACUUUUAAAUGGCUUUUAUAUCAAACACUUCCAAUAAUCCCCUUGAUAUUACCAUCUCGACACCCCCCCCCCCCCUUUUUUUUUUUUUUUUUUGUUUUUCCCCUUCCUUUUUUUUUUUUUAAUUUUAUGCUCCGCCGGCGUAAAAUUUUUGAAAUUAAUUAAUUUUGUCAACCAUAUUUGGCUUAUCUAGGCUGAUAUACAUAAUAAACUUUAAACAUGUUAAAAUUUUAAUAAUUUAGAAAGUGAAAAUGAAGGUAGUUAACCCUCUUCAAACAUUCCAUCCGUGUAGGAAGAAAAGUUAAUUCUAGUAAAAAGAUAAACAAUAGGUUGAGUAUCCAGGCAUGGCGCCGAUUGCGGAAAGUGACAGAAAUGUUUAAAUAUUUUCAUGGUACAUCGUUUUAAAAUGAAAGAGCUGACUAUGAGGUUUUUAAAAGUGAAGUUAGGAUUUUUUUACAAAUAAUUGUCUAUGCCCCUAUUUAAACUAUAUAUUUUCCCCAAAAACUUGUUACCCACUUUUGAAAUUUCUGCAAUAUUUUGUCCACAACAAUUUAUUUUUAAAGAAAAUUGCACCAAAUUUUCAGGAGACAUUCACAAUCUAAUAUACAACACAAUGAACUACAAAACUUAAACAUUACUUCACGACUUGGUAUUUUGGAUUAUUUUAUUUGAGGGUAUAUUUAAAAAAUGUAUGUAUUGAAAAAUUGGAAAAAUGAUUAUAAUAAACUUUAAUAAAGGCAAAAACUAAAUACAAAAGCAUAACAUUUGAAUUUUAUUCCGAUGUUUAUUGACAUACAUUUUCUUAAAUUAUCCUUUUCAGAUUGAAACUUCUAAAAUGCAGCAUUCUCAAGGUUUUGAUAAAAAAGAAGACCAAAGCUCUGUAUCGGUACAUAUUUUUCAUCUACAAACCCCAAGCUUAAGGCUGUUACCUGCCUUCAAUUUUGAGAGAAUUGGUUUUCAUGUGUUAGAGUUAAAUCUGGACAACAGCAAGAUCUCAUAUCUUCCAUGUGGACUUCACAACCAACUGCCACUGCUUGAAACAUUGUCAAUAAAUGCAAAUGAUUUAUCCUUAUUACCAGAAGAUAUUGGUCAUUUAUACAAUUUAAAAGAGCUAUCUUUAAAAGACAACAAUAUUUCUAUACUUCCAGAGGCUCUUUGUCGGCUUUCCAAGCUGAAAAUUUUGGAUGCAGACUGCAACAAAUUGACAAAGCUUUACAAUGAAAUUGGACAAAAUCUAUCUCUAGAAAUGAUAAAAGUGAAUGGUAAUAUAUUGAGACGUCUCCCAGCAACAUUCGGAUUGUUAGCUAAUCUAAGAGUUUUAGAGGCCAAUGAUAAUCAAAUAGAUCUCCUUCCAUCAACUAUCAACUUUCUGGAGAAUUUAAGAAUUUUAAAGUUAAGAAAUAAUAGACUCACAACUAUUCCACCGUCAUUUGGCGAACUGGAAAAAUUAAGUCACAUUGACCUGUCAGAUAAUGGAUUAAGACAUUUAUGUGAGACUUUUAAAUCCACAGCGACAUUAGAAUAUUUGGAUUUGGAUAUGAAUAAGUUGACUCUAUUCCCAGACUGGUUCAAACACCUUGAAAAUGUUAGGAUAAUAUCAAUGAAAAAAAAUUACCUGUCAAAUGGAGCUGUGCAAGAUGGAUUUGGAUUAGUUUCCAAAAAGUUAAAGAUAUUGGAUCUCAGUGGGAAUGCCCUCACUCACCUUCCUGAAUCAGUCGGCCAUUUGGAAUCUCUUCAGAUUUUAUUACUAGGCACAACUUGUCAAAAUCAAAACAAACAAAAUUAUUUUCAAAUCGGGAACUGGCUUGAAUCUUUACCCCUUUCUUUUAUAUAUCUUACAUCAUUGACCAAACUGCAUAUAGAAGACAAUCAACUUAGAGUUUUACCCGAGGAAUUCGGUAGACUUAUCAAUUUGGAAGAAUUAUAUUUAGGUAAUUUUUUUCUUAUUCAUUUAAGAUCUCUUUAUUUUCAACUAAAUUUUUAUUAAAUUAUUAAAUAUUUUCCAUCUUUUGAAUUUAUUAAGUGCCGGUACUCAAAUUACCAUAUAAAAUGUUCUCAACUGGCAGGUUCCAAUAUGUUUGCCGUGCUGCCAGGCUCAUUUACAAAGCUGUCAUCUUUAAAGCAAUGUCGCCUUUCAAAAAAUAGGUUGGAGUUUCUGCCAGAUGAUUUUGGUAAUCUUGAAGCUUUGAUAGAACUCUGUCUUGAUUCCAAUAAGGUAUUGUAUCACUGUUGCUUAACUUAUAUACAAAUAUAUAAGGGACCAGGCAUAUAUUACAUACAAAAAAUAUUCAUUCCCGCCCCCUGGUGCAUACAUACAUUUUUGGAUCCUCUCCUCCCCUAAGUUUAUGACCUUCUGCUCCCCUAUCUUUAUGUUCCUCCCCUCUCCUAUGUAUGCAUGCCCCCAAAACAAUUUAUUUAUAGACGCUUAGGCCAGCAGCCUGCUGGUCGAGAGCCUUAUGAUUCUCAUUACAGGAUUAAAUGGGGCUCUAUUUUUUAAACUAAUGUAUAUGACAUACGGCUCCCCAAUUAUUUUCUUAGCAGAUAUAAUAAUGUAAAGCAAAUGCCUUCUCACUCAAAAUAGUUGGCUGACCCCUUCAUUAAAUUAGUGUCUUUAUCAUCUAAACCAGGCUCAGACUUAUGUUAAUAAUAUUAAGAAUUAAAAGGUAAGGGACUCUGGUCUUCCACUUUUACUGCGUCCAAGUAUAGAAGUACUAAUCCAAUCAUUUUAUUAUGAUUCAUAUUGAUUUGACUAGUUGAUGUUGAAGUACUAUAACAAAAAAGUUUAUUUUGUUGGAAUUUUGUUAAACAGACUGAGAUUCAUUUGAACUCUACUGUGACUUUGGGUUGGGAAAGGGGGGCUUUGUUAAUAACAUUAAUGCCAAUAGCUUAGUUAAAUACAGUAAUACCAAAUAGUUUAAGUAAAUACAGUAAUAUUCAGUAUUAAGUACUUUUAACAAAUUUUUGGUGUCGCAUACAAUCAUAUUUAAUUUAAUCCAGCAUUUUUUACAUGAAUUUACUCUGUGGCCAUGACCUUGGUACACCUUGAUUUUCAGAUACUGAAACUUCACUCAGUGAACAAGAUUUAUAGACUUAGAAUAUAUUUAAUAUUUGCAUAUUCUGAAGUUUCACUCAAUGAUAAUGAGUUAUAUACUUAUAAACUAUUAAAUAUUUACUUUGGUGUUACCUUUAAAAAGGGGUUUACUGUUUUAUACAUUUGACUUGAAAUGAUGUCCAUCUAGAACAAAAAAGAAUAAUAAUCAGAAAUAAAUAAAUAAUAAUUUGUUUAAAUUGAGGGAGUUGGGGGGGGGGGGGCCUGUAGCCAAAUGUUCUCAGUUGGCCACACAUUUGAAAGCUUAUCAUUUAGCCAUUCUGUCAUUAGAGGACAAAAUAAGGCUUAGACUUGAUCAGACUCCCUCAUCUUAAUAUUUGCCUUCUUUUUCUUGUUGGGUUGGUGCUAUUUUAGGGACUUUCUUUAAUUUUGGAUUUUUAAAACAAAAAAAAAUAAUAAUAAGAAAUAAAUAAAUAAUAAUUUGUUUAAAUUGAGGGAGUUGGGGGGGGGGGCCUGUAGCCAAAUGUUCUCAGUUGGCCACACAUUUGAAAGCUUAUCAUUUAGCCAUUCUGUCAUUAGAGGACAAAAUAAGGCUUAGACUUGAUCAGACUCCCUCAUCAUAAUAUUUGCCUUCUUAUUCUUGUUGGGUUGGUGCUAGUUUAGGGACUAUCAUUAAUUUUGGAUUUUUAACAUAGGCCGUGAUCACCCCUUAUAACCUUGUGUACAAAUCACCCCUUAUAACCUUGUGUACAGAUCACCCCUUAUAACCUUGUGCUAAUAUUUCCCCUUAUAACCUUGUAUACAGAUCACCCCUUUUAUUUGAAAGCUUAUCAUUUAGCCAUUCUGUCAUUAGAGGACAAAAUAAGGCUUAGACUUGAUCAGACUGCCUCACCAUAAUAUUUGCCUUCUUAUUCUUGUUGGGUUGGUGCUAGUUUAGGGACUAUCAUUAAUUUUGGAUUUUUAACAUAGGCCGUGAUCACCCCUUAUAACCUUGUGUACAGAUCACCCCCUAUAACCUUGUGUACAGAUCACCCCUUAUAACCUUGUGCUAAUAUUUCCCCUUAUAACCUUGUAUACAGAUCACCCCUUUUAUUUGAAAGCUUAUUAUUUAGCCAUUCUGUCAUUAGUGGACAAAAUAAGGCUUAGACUUGAUCAGACUGCCUCAUCAUAAUAUUUGCCUUCUUAUUCUUGUUGGGUUGGUGCUUGUUUAGGGACUAUCAUUAAUUUUGGAUUUUUAACAUAGGCCGUGAUCACCCCUUAUAACCUUGUGUAAAGAUCACCCCUUAUAACCUUAUGUGAAGAUCACACCUUAUUACCUUAUGUACAGAUCACCCCUUAUAACCUUAUGUGAAGAUCACACCUUAUAACCUUGUGUACAAAUCACCCCUUAUAACCUUAUGUACAGAUCACCCCUUAUAACCUUAUGUACAGAUCACCCCUUAUAACCUUAUGUACAGAUCACCCCUUAUAACCUUAUGUACAGAUCACCCCUUAUAACCUUUUGUACAGAUCAUCCCUUAUUACCUUAUGUACAGAUCACCCCUUAUAACCUUAUAACCGAUCACCCCUUAUAACCUUAUGUACAGAUCACCCCUUAUAACCUUAUGUACAGAUCAUCCCUUAUAACCUUGUAUACAGAUCACCCCUUUUAUCUUUAUGUACAAAAUUGAGGAUUUAAACUUCAUUUUUAUUGUGUUUCCUCAGAUUAAGGUGCUCCCUUUGUCCAUGAAGAAUCUUAAAAAUCUAGAGAUACUCAACUUGUCAGAGAACAGGAUAUUAUUUGUUCCAGAGGAAAUAGCAUCUGGCAUGAUCAAGUUAACAACCCUUAAAUUGUCUCAUGUAAGUUUGGUUUUUUUCUUUUUAACUUUUUGGUUGUAUUAAUAUUUGAAGUGCCAACUAUUCAUGAUCAAUAUGGGACAAAAAUAAGCAAUGGUUUUAUGACAAUUCUAUGAUAAGUUUACUAGUUUUAAGAAUUAGCUAGAAGCGUUUCACAAUCAUUCAUUGAAGUAACAUUGUGGUUUUGUUUGUUAAUCAUAUCAGUAUCACAUCCCUUUAAUCAGAUUUUCAAUUUUUUUAGUUUGUUUCAAAAUGUCUCAUUUACACUUUUCAUUUUUCUGGACUUCUUGAUGAGAAGGUAUACAUUAAUACACUAUGCAUUUGUGCCACAACGUUCCUUCCCAUUAAGAAAAAUCUUUUAUAUUAACUUUGCUUUGUUAAAUUAUUUUCUGAUGUCCAUACUGAUGAGUUCCUUGUUAAAUUUACAUUGGGCUGAUGCAGAUUCAAGUGGCCACAGUAUGGUUGUAGCUCUCAUUUAAAAGUCUGCAUUUACUGUGUGUAAUAAAAGUUUUUUACAUUAUUCUGAAGUUGUGCUACCAUCUCAGCUGGUAUCCUUCUCCCCUGCCACUGGGUACAUGUAGUCAUAAUAUCCUAAUACACCCUGGGAAUCACACCCUUAUGCCACUGGGUACAUGUAGUCAUAAUAUCCUAAUACACCCUGGGUAACACACCCUUACUGCCACUGGGUACAUGUAGUCAUAAUAUCCUAAUACACCCUGGGUAACACACCCUUACUGCCACUGGGUACAUGUAGUCAUAAUAUCCUAAUACACCCUAGGAAUCACACCCUUAUGCUACUGGGUUCAUGUAGUCAUAAUAUCCUAAUACACCCUAGGAAUCACACCCUUAUGCCACUGGGUACAUGUAGUCAUUAAUAUCCUAAUACACCCUAGGAAUCACGCCCUUAUGCCACUGGGCACAUGUAGUCAUAAUAUCCUAAUACACCCUGGGUAACACACCCUUAUGCCACUGGGUACAUGUAGUCAUAAUAUCCUAAUACACCCUGGGUAACACACCCUUACUGCCACUGGGUACAUGUAGUCAUAAUAUCCUAAUACACCCUGGGUAACACACCCUUAUGCCACUGGGUACAUGUAGUCAUAAUAUCCUAAUACACCCUAGGACACAUACCCUAAUGCCACUGGGUACAUGUAGUCAUAAUAUCCUAAUACACCCUAGGACACAUACCCUAAUGCCACUGGGUACAUGUAGUCAUAAUAUCCUAAUACACCCUAGGACACACACCCUUAUGCCACUGGGUACAUGUAGUCAUUAAUAUCCUAAUACACCCUAGGAAUCACGCCCUUAUGCCACUGGGUACAUGUAGUCAUAAUAUCCUAAUACACCCUAGGACACAUACCCUAAUGCCACUGGGUACAUGUAGUCAUAAUAUCCUAAUACACCCUAGGACACAUACCCUAAUGCCACUGGGUACAUGUAGUCAUAUUAUCCUAAUACACCCUAGGACACAUACCCUAAUGCCACUGGGUACAUGUAGUCAUAAUAUCCUAAUACACCCUAGGACACAUACCCUAAUGCCACUGGGUACAUGUAGUCAUAAUAUCCUAAUACACUAUCCUAAUACACCCUAGGACACAUACCCUAAUGCCACUGGGUACAUGUAGUCAUAAUAUCCUAAUACACCCUAGGACACAUACCCUAAUGCCACUGGGUACAUGUAGUCAUAAUAUCCUAAUACACCCUGGGUAACACACCCUUAUGCCACUGGGUACAUGUAGUCAUAAUAUCCUAAUACACCCUAGGAAUCACGCCCUUAUGCCACUGGGUACAUGUAGUCAUAAUAUCCUAAUACACCCUAGGACACAUACCCUUAUGCCACUGGGUACAUGUAGUCAUAAUAUCCUAAUACACCCUAUGACACAUACCCUAAUGCCACUGGGUACAUGUAGUCAUAAUAUCCUAAUACACCCUAGGAAUCACGCCCUUAUGCCACUGGGCACAUGUAGUCAUAAUAUCCUAAUACACCCUGGGACACAUACCCUAAUGCCACUGGGUACAUGUAGUCAUAAUAUCCUAAUACACCCUGGGAAACACACCAUUAUGCUACACUUUUUUAGAUUAGAUCUAAUUAAUUUCCACCCUCAUCUGGAUCAGUUGAACGGACUGAAAACUCAUGCUGUUUCAGAGUUGAAUGGAGUGAAAACUCAUGCUGUUUCAGAGUUUGAAGGAGUGAAAACUCAUGCUGUUUCAGAGUUUAAAGGAGUGAAAACUCAUGCUGUUACAUAGUUGAACGGAGUGAAAACUAUUGCUGUUUCAGAGUUGAACGGAGUGAAAACUCAAGCUGUUUCAGAGUUGAGCGGAGAGAAAACUCAAGCUGUUUCAGAGUUGAGCGGAGAGAAAACUCAAGCUGUUUCAGAGUUGAGCGGAGAGAAAACUCAAGCUGUUUCAGAGUUGAGCGGAGAGAAAACUCAUGCUGUUUCAGAGUUGAUCGGAGAGAAAACUCAAGCUGUUUCAGAGUUGAGCGGAGAGAAAACUCAAGCUGUUUCAGAGAUAUCAAAAUAACUACAACAAAAAUAAACAACUUAAGAGUAUGUUAUGUAUUUCAUGCUACUGAAGUCUUCCCCGUUAGGAUUUUAACAAAAAACGUAGUUUUGCAGCAUUGUCUUUGUGCAAACUCUGAAAAUGACACAAACACAUACACAAAGAAGAAAAAACAGUCAACAAUGGUAAUAAAAACUAAAAGAGAUAUGUAUGGGACCUCUAGAGAUACAAAUGGGGGUAAAUUCUAUAAAAACAACAGAUGUAUCAUGAAAAUCAUUAAAAUUUACAACUAACAUCUUGAAAAAAUCUUGAUACAACUUCUUGGGCUAAUGUUGGUGAUCACUGAUUAUCUGUUGAUUAAUUUGUGCAUGCCAUUCCAGUGUUUCCUCAUUUAAGUUACAGACUGCUGUGUGGGUUGUAAGAUGACACCUCUGAGGCUGCAUUUACACUGAGUCCCUAUUUCCCCCACAUCAAAGAUUGACAUACCAGACCAAAUUGGGUAGAAAAAGCAAAUGAAAUAAGAAAGGGAAGAUGCUCACAUUAGCUCAAUCAAGAGUAGUCACAGUCUGUGCUUUGUGCACAUAUUAACAACAUAUGGUGGACAAUCAAAUGAUCUUUUUUUGUCUUAUUUUCUGAUUGAAGCUUCAAGAUAAAAGAUGGCAGCUCGAUUCGAGUGUUCAUUUCAGUGUGAUUACAGCCUAUAUCCAUUCAGUGAAAUACAGACCCAGUGUGAUUACAGCCUAUAUCCAUUCAGUGAAAUACAGACCCAGUGUGAUUACAGCCUAUAUCCAGUCAGUGAAAUACAGACCCAGUGUGAUUACAGCCUAUAUCCAGUCAGUGAAAUACAGACCCAGUGUGAUUACAGCCUAUAUCCAUUCAGUGAAAUACAGACCCAGUGUGAUUACAGCCUAUAUCCAUUCAGUGAAAUACAGACCCAGUGUGAUUACAGCCUAUAUCCAUUCAGUAAAAUACAGACCCAGUGUGAUUACAGCCUAUAUCCAGUCAGUGAAAUACAGACCCAGUGUGAUUGCUGAUUGCAGCCUAUAUCCAGUCAGUGAAAUACAGACCCAGUGUGAUUGCUGAUUGCAGCCUAUAUCCAGUCAGUGAAAUACAGACCCAGUGUGAUUGCAGCCUAUAUCCAGGCAGUGAAAUACAGACCCAGUGUGAUUACAGCCUAUAUCCAGUCAGUGAAAUACAGACCCAGUGUGAUUGCAGCCUAUAUCCAGUCAGUGAAAUACAGACCCAGUGUGAUUACAGCCUAUAUCCAGUCAGUGAAAUACAGACCCAGUGUGAUUGCAGCCUGUAUCCAUUCAGUGAAAUACAGACCCAGUGUGAUUACAGCCUAUAUCCAUUCAGUGAAAUACAGACCCAGUGUGAUUACAGCCUAUAUCCAGUCAGUGAAAUACAGAGCCAGUGUGAUUUCAGCCUAUAUCCAGUCAGUGAAAUACAGACCCAGUGUGAUUACAGCCUAUAUCCAUUCAGUGAAGUACAGACCCAGUGUGAUUACAGCCUAUAUCCAUUCAGUGAAAUACAGACCCAGUGUGAUUACAGCCUAUAUCCAUUCAGUGAAAUACAGACCCAGUGUGAUUACAGCCUAUAUCCAGUCAGUGAAAUACAGACCCAGUGUGAUUACAGCCUGUACCCAGUCAGUGAAAAGCAACUGUCAGUUUUAGUCUCUGUGUUCCACUCUAAGGACAUUCUUCUCAAAAUGAACAUUAUCAUGCUACCUGGUCCUCAUUUUUUGUGUGUAUUUUUUGUUAGCAUACAAUCCAUGUUUUUCACAUGGACACAGUUGUCAAAAGACUUAUUUCCAAAUACUUUUCUGAGGGGUAUGCCUACACAAUUGCAGGGGCGGAUCAACCUUUUUCUCAUGGAAAGUUAGCUUUUUGGGCAGAAAAUAAAAACAGAUGAGUGAAAAAAUAAAGAAAACAAUACCUAGUAGAUGGCACAUUUCCAAAUUUUGAUUAAAAUUAAAACCAAAAUAAAAUCCAGAACCAUUGAUAAUCACCUAACUUUAAAUGUAAAAUUUGGUGAUCAUUUUCGGAUAACUUGAUGGUGAAAAAUUUGGUCAAAAAUAGGUUCAGUCAAGCAUAAACACCCCCACUUUUGAAUUGGUCCCAAAAGUUUGAGUUAUUUCCAGGUUUCACUGUAUAUAGAAAAGUGUCAUACGACACAGUAAUCGGCUGGAGGUGAGGGGUGGGGGUGAGAAGACAGAAAUCAAGGGCUACCUAGCCAUACCUGCGCUAACCAUCCCAAAAAAGCAUUUAAUACAAAUAAAUAUAUAUAUAAAUAUUUAACUACUGGAUUUGCAUGAGCACAACCAUAAAUAUUUUCUUUAUUUCCCCAUUUGGGGAAUGGCGGUAGAAGAGAUUCAACAUUUAGUAGGAAGAUAGUAAUAAAGAAGAUGAAAUAAAACAUGGAAGAAAAGCUGUUUCAAUGUUUGUCAUGAAUUUAAAUGUUUUUAAAGUCAGAGAAUGCUUCUUAAACCAUUUGGCCCUGAUCCUGAACUAAAAUUGAGGCUGCCUUCAGGACCAGAAAUCACUUGACCCACCCAGACAAAGACUCAUGGCACUUAACUAAUAGUCAAACUACUCCUUACAAUCAUCUGCAUCAAUCACUAGGGCUCUUUGUCUACUCUAUUUUACAAUGACCUGCAUCAAUCACUAGGGCUGUUUGUCUACUCUAUCUUACAAUGACCUGCAUCAAUCACUAGGGCUGUUUGUCUACUCUAUCUUACAAUGACCUGCAUCAAUCACUAGGGCUGUUUGUCUACUCUAUCUUACAAUGACCUGCAUCAAUCACUAGGUCUGUUUGUCUACUCUAUCUUACAAUGACCUGCAUCAAUCACUAGGGCUGUUUGUCUACUCUAUCUUACAAUGACCUGCAUCAAUCACUAGGGCUGUUUGUCUACUCUAUCUUACAAUGACCUGCAUCAAUCACUAGGGCUGUUUGUCUACUCUAUCUUACAAUGACCUGCAUCAAUCACUAGGGCUGUUUGUCUACUCUAUCUUACAAUGACCUGCAUCAAUCACUAGGGCUGUUUGUCUACUCUAUCUUACAAUGACCUGCAUCAAUCACUAGGUCUGUUUGUCUACUCUAUCUUACAAUGACCUGCAUCAAUCACUAGGGCUGUUUGUCUACUCUAUCUUACAAUGACCUGCAUCAAUCACUAGGGCUGUUUGUCUACUCUAUCUUACAAUGACCUGCAUCAAUCACUAGGGCUGUUUGUCUACUCUAUCUUAUAAUGACCUGCAUCAAUCACUAGGGCUGUUUGUCUACUCUAUCUUACAAUGACCUGCAUCAAUCACUAGGGCUGUUUGUCUACUCUAUCUCUCUUGUUAAAAUGAAUCUUUAUAAAAUGGCUAUCUUUCCAGCAUCCUAACUUCUGAACGUUGUAUUUCUCAUUUUUAAAACUCUAAAGGGAAAUUGUUGACUUGAAUUUGUGUAAGCCAAGGCAGGCUAAAAGGGAAAUUGUUGACUUGAAUUUGUGUAAGCCAAGGCAGGCUAAAGGGAAAUUGUUGACUUGAAUUUGUGUAAGCCAAGGCAGGCUAAAGGGAAAUUGUUGACUUGAAUUUGUGUAAGCCAAGGCAGGCUAAAGGGAAAUUGUUGACUUGAAUUUGUGUAAGCCAAGGCAGGCUAAAGGGAAAUUGUUGACUUGAAUUUGUGUAAGCCAAGGCAGGCUUUAGUAGGGAACUUUUUUGUUGUUUCAGUACAUCAGAAUAGUAUUCCAGCUGUACCAUAGGCCUGUCAUUUCAUAUCACCCCAUGUCAUCAAAAGAAAAUAUCUCUCAAAUACUUACAUUUGAUUGACUAUACCCUUAGUUGAAAUAUCUCUCAAAUACCUACAUUUGAUUGAAUAUCCCAUUAGUUGAAAUAUCUCUGAGAUACCGACCUUUGACCUUUGAAUGACCCAUCCCCUUAGUUGAAAUAUCUCUGAGAUACUGACCUUUGACAUUUGAAUGACUAUCCCCUUAGUUGAAAUAUCUCUGAGAUACCGACCUUUGACCUUUGAAUGACUAUCCCCUUAGUUGAAAUAUCUCUGAGAUACCGACCUUUGACCUUUGAAUGACCUAUCCCCUUAGUUGAAAUAUCUCUGAGAUACCGACCUUUGACCUUUGAAUGACUCUCCUCUAAGUUGAAGGAUUGUCCUCCCUUUCCCUCCUAAUAUUUGAAUGAAUGUAACUGGGUCAGAAUACAAAUCUCAACAACUGAUUAGAAUAUCACCCAUGCUUUCAGAGUCCCAGUAUCUCAUAUAGUGAGUAAGGUUGAUAAUUAAAUAACAUUAUGCCAAGCUUAUUUUAAUCCCUAAAAUCUUGUCCUUGCACUUGGCAGAAAAUGCCUCUCAAACUUUUUAUAGAGUCAAAAGUGCCAUUAGGGGUCAGGCCUGCCCACCUUUUCCUAUGCCAUUGAAAAGAGGGUAAUGAUGAGAAAUGGUAAAAGGUGGUGUGCAGAGUGGAGAAUGUGGGCUUUUGUGGGCAUCAAUGCAGGCGAGGAGAGGGUCAUUAGGGGAAGGUUGUUGAAGAGGGGGGGGGAUCUUUGUGUUGUUUUAAUGAAAGUAAUGGAUGACCGGUUUGUCUGUGAAUUGUAUAUUUCUCUCUCACCACAACUUUCUCAUUGUUCUUUUGACUACUGCUAUGAUGUUUGUUAUUUUGACUACUGCUAUGAUGUUUGUUAUUUUGACUACUCCUAUGAUGUUCUUUUUGACAACAUCCAGCCUAAAACAAACAGUCAAGAAGAUGGUAGCAUUGACGAUUCUGUGCUGGAAACUAACAUCAAAGAUUGUGAGGAAGACUGGGACAUAGAUUUAACGGUUUCAUGUAAGAUGUUACAUAGUAUAGAUUGAAUUGUGUCAUGUAAGAUGUUAAACGAGUCUCUAACAUAUUUUGUGUUUAAGUUUUAGGUUGAACUUGAACCAAUUAUUGUUUGUUUAAGUCAUCAACGUUGUAUUUCCCUAUGGGAACGUAUUGUCAUUUUGAUUAGGCCGCCCAUCAUUUCACCCUGAUGAUUCCAUCAAACUUUGCUGUAACAGUCCAUGGUAACAAUCCAAAGUAUAAUAGCUUUCCUGUUGACCCAAUUGUUUAAAAAAAAAAUGCAAGUCUGAUUUAAAAAUAAAAAAAAUAUGAGGAAUUUUAUCUCAGUGGUUGACCAACUUUUCAUUUCAGUGAUCAUUUGAUUGAAAUUGUGGAGUUUUAUUUUACAAUCUUAUUUGAUUUCUUUACACCAGCUUCGGGUGACGGUGUACAAUGUUUUGAUAAAGAAGUCCGGAUCACUAGCGGUACUAUAGGUGACACCUGUGUAGUUGGUCAGUUUGGUAGGUAAUUUUGGAAUAAAUUUUUGGUAACUUCUAUUUCUUGAAUAUCCAUAUAAAGCACAUUAUUUCACUUUUGCGCUCAUUAUUUCUUACAUUGGAUAUGUACGUUUUACGUAAUAUUUUCAUUCUGAGUUGACCCAAUCAAAACAAUAUUCAAUAAAACACUGUCCUAAACUGUUCAAUGAAACACUGUCCUAAACUAUUCAGUGAAACACUGUCCUAAACUAUUCAAUGAAACACUGUCCUAAACUAUUCAAUGGAACACUGUCCUAAACUAUUCAAUGGAACACUGUCCUAAAUUAUUCAAUGAAACACUGUCCUAAACUAUUCAAUGGAACACUGUCCUAAACUAUUCAAUGGAGCGCUGUCCUAAACUAUUCAAUGGAACACUGUCCUAAACUAUUCAAUGAAACACUGUCCUAAACUAUUCAAUGGAACACUGUCCUAAACUAUGCAAUGAAACACUGUCCUAAGCUAUUCAAUGGAGCGCUGUCCUAAACUAUUCCAAGAAACACUGUCCUAAACUAUUCAAUGGAACACUGUCCUAAACUAUUCAAUGAAACACUGUCCUAAACUAUAUCAAAGCAAACAAACAAUCAUUUCUUCUAACUCACUAAUUUACAUUGAACUAAGGCUGACUGCUGUGUCAAUAUGACGUAAUUACUUUGUUCGGCUAUGUUAGUGAAUCUGCAACCUUUUUUUAUGUGAGGAGCCAUUUUAUAAAUCAUGAAUUUAAUUUUUGUUUUAAAGCCGCAGUUUGCAGCGGGCCACUGAACUCUGAUAGACAUAUAGAAGAGGGGAUAACAUGUUAGAUGUUUUGAACAUAGUUUACGUUGCCUUUGUUAAACUGCAGCAAAUGUCAUAAUGUUGUUGUUUUUUUUUAGAUUUGGAUGGUGAGGAGUCCAGCAUUAAAAGUGCCCUGCCACUGCCAGGCCAAUUUGACUCCUUUGGGAACAGCAAUUCAAGCUUUCAUCUCAGUCAUCUGAACUGGUUGCCUUUUAAUCAUCAUAAGCCUAAAAUACUACAGCAUCUCUUCAAUGUUGAAGAACACAUCCCAGGACAAUUUGACAGUGCUGAAGAUGCAUUAUGAGAAGGAGGAGUGAUAUUUGACAAACAUACAAUGAAUUAUUUUGUAGGAAUAAGCAACGGUUUAAAUCUGUUGUAACAGUAUCAGGCUAAUUUGAUGUUAAUGUUAUAACAGUACGAGGCUAAUUUGAUGUUAAUGUUGUAACAUUACCAGGCUAAUUUGAUGGUAAUGUAACAGUACCAGGCUAAUUUGAUUGUAAUGUAACAGUAACAGGCUAAUUGAUGGUAAUGUUGCAACAGUAUAAGACUAAUUUGAUGGUAAUGUUGUGACAGUACAAGGCUAAUUUGAAGGUAAUGUUGUAACAGUACAAGGCUAAUUUGAUGGUAAUGUUGUAACAGUGCAAGGCUAUUUUGAUCGUGAUGUUGUAACAAGUAUCCAUAGAUUCUAGCAGAUCACCAUAGAUCAUAGAUUCUUUUGACCAGCUAGAUUCUAGUAAUGUACCGUAGCGCUAGAACAUAAUUUGCUUGGACUAACUCUUUGUUCCCUUCCCAGGCAAAUCAAUGAGAUUUCAGCAGUGUUCCAAUGAAAUAAGACUUAGAAAACAAAUCCUCUCUUUUCCAUUGCCUUUAUCACCAUUUCUCUCUCACAUCUACUGUCCUGACCUUGCAUGAAUGAAUCUCUCUUGCAUGGUUAGUAAUUACAGCAUCAGCAUUUAUCUUAAAUUGACACUAUUGAAAAUAAAAGUUGAAUACCUCAUCAGUUAAAAUUAAUACGAUUUUUGUUCUCCUUUUCUCUUUUGAUUCAAGCAUUAAUAAUUUUAAAAUAAAACUGCAGCUCUCUAGGUGUCCUGUCUGGCAAACUCUCUAGGUG